GCAGCAGCUGCUCAGCGGCGCUAGCUGCUAAGCUAGUUUAGGUAAUCUGUCAGCCUGCAGCUAAAUCCACGUACACUGCUGGGCUUUACACUCUUCCGGAAUACUUUCCUUUCAUGGCUGAAGAAGACCCUCUAAUGUGAUUUCAACUUGGCACUUGUGAUCAAGGACAGACUCGCUGUCCAUGUUGCCACACUGGAUAUGCAGUGACUCUGCUGCUGAGAGAGGAAUGACAUUUGUCUCAUUGUAAUUCCUGGAGCUGCUUUGGGAACAGUUUGGGCUUGAUUAAAAAAAGCUAACAAAAAACCUAGAAAAAAACAAAGUUGCUGUUCAGAGCCAAGUUGGUCUUUUCUUCCACAGCCUGCUCUUUUACACUUUCACUGCCUAGUGUGCAAACUGUUACGGCCCUUGGGGCCAACUGAGAAAAAGGGGACUCUAGCUGUAGUGGAUUAGACUCUGCCGUGGAAAAGGGACUGGACCAAGAGAGCAGGCCCACAGCAACACGCAUCAUGCUGUGGGUACACUAGGUUCCCUGUCUGAACCGCUUCUGUGUGGCACUUUUUUUUUCUUUUCCUGCAAUCUCAUUGAUUUGGAUGGUUGAGCACAAGGGCCACUUUGAAGGAGACCACCGGUGGCUGUGGUUUGGCCAGAGCUGUCAGACUUCUUGCCAGCUAUUACUGAUUUAGUACCCUUGUCCACUGCUACUGCUGCUGUAACCUCUUCACUGUGGUCUCCAACAUGGUGAGUGGAGGCUGGAAGCAUCACAGGAGUGGAACUGAACCAUUAAUACUGGUCUAGUUGGUUAUUUUCCAACCUUUUUUUUUUCUUCCUCUUUAUCUUUUCUAUUGUAAAUGAUUGCAUUCCAAUUUUCUGGACCUUUUCCUCUGUACUGAAAAAACCCCUAAACUUCAGUCAAGGUCAUUUUUAAAAAAAAAUUGAAAGCCUGGAAAGAAUAUCGCUUCAGAGGAGGAUGAAGCUGAGGAAACAGGUGACGGUGUGUGGAGGGGCCAUAUUCUGUGUGGCUGUGUUCUCACUUUAUCUGAUGUUGGAUCGAGUCCAACAUGACCCUGCACGGCGACAGAGCGGCGGGAACUUUCCACGGAGCCAAAUUUCAGUCCUGCAGAACAGGAUUGAGCAGCUGGAGCAGCUCCUGGAGGAAAACCAUCAAAUCAUCAGCCACAUAAAGGAUUCUGUAAUGGAGCUCACAGACACAGGAGCUGUCUCUCCCAGUGGCCACCUGCCAUUCAGAAGUGCCAACGGUUCCUGGGUCCUACCCUUCGAUGGUCGUCCCACUUUCCUUGCUGUUAAGCCGCAGGAUUGUCAGUUUGCUGUAGGCAACAGAGAUCAACCAGACGUCCAGAUGCUGGAUGUGUACUCCCUCCUCAAAUUUGACAACCCUGAUGGUGGUGUAUGGAAGCAGGGCUUUGACAUCACUUAUGAACCUAAUGAGUGGGAUAACGAACCACUGCAAGUAUUUGUGGUCCCUCAUUCGCACAAUGAUCCAGGUUGGGUCAAGACUUUUGACAAGUAUUUCACAGACCAGACGCAACAUAUUUUAAACAACAUGGUGGUGAAGCUGGCUGAGGAUCCUCGCAGGAAGUUCAUCUGGUCUGAGAUUUCAUUCUUCUCCAAGUGGUGGGAGACUGCAGAUGUACACAAACAGGAGGCAAUGCGCAAACUGAUCCUCGGAGGACAGCUAGAGAUUGUGACAGGAGGCUGGGUGAUGACGGAUGAAGCCAAUGCCCAUUACUUUGCCAUGAUAGACCAGCUCAUUGAAGGGCAUCAGUGGCUGGAGAGUAAUCUAGGUAUAACUCCUUGCAGCGGGUGGGCUGUAGACCCGUUUGGUCACAGUGCUACUAUGCCCUAUCUACUGAAGAGGGCCAACCUGACCAGCAUGCUCAUCCAGAGGAUCCACUACUCCAUUAAAAAACAUUUUGCCUCCACCCGAAAUCUGGAGUUUAUGUGGAGGCAGGCAUGGGACAUGGGGUCAAACACAGACAUCUUUUGCCACAUGAUGCCCUUUUAUAGCUAUGAUGUACCUCACACCUGUGGACCUGAUCCAAAGAUCUGCUGCCAGUUUGACUUCAAGAGGCUACCAGGCGGAAGGAUAAAUUGUCCCUGGAAAGUGCCACCAAAAACUAUUGUGGAAGCCAACGUAGCAGAGAGGGCACAGCUGCUCCUGGAUCAGUACCGUAAAAAAUCGAAACUCUACCGCAGUAAGGUGCUCCUUGUUCCUCUGGGGGAUGACUUCCGCUAUGAUAAAGCCCUUGAGUGGGAUCAGCAGUAUAUCAACUACCAGAAGCUGUUUGACUACAUGAAUUCUCACCCUGAGAUGCAUGUACAAGCACAAUUUGGGACUCUCACAGACUACUUCAACGCCGUAUACAAAACAAACGGCGUGGCCCAGGGAUCCAGGCCGGCAGGCUACCCGGUGCUCAGUGGAGAUUUCUUUGCCUACGCAGACCGUGAAGACCACUACUGGACUGGUUAUUUUACCUCCCGACCCUUUUACAAGAGUAUGGACCGCGUCAUAGAGUCCCAUCUCAGGGGGGCAGAGAUCCUCUACAGCCUGGCAGUUGCAAAUGCUAGGCAUGCGGGCAUGGCAGGGCGUUACCCGGUUUCGGAUUAUUCCCUGCUAGUGGAUGCCAGGCGCUCCGUUGGCCUCUUCCAGCAUCACGACGCCAUAACUGGCACAGCAAAAGAAAAUGUUGUCAUCGACUACGGCACCAAAUUACUGCGGUCACUUAUUGGUCUGAAGAGAGUGAUCAUUAAUGCUGCUCAUUUCCUGGUGAUGAAGAACAAAGAGUUUUAUCGCUUUUACCAGACGGAGCCUUUUCUGGAGACGGAUGACAGGCGUGCUACUCAAGACUCUAUGCCUCAGCGCACUUUAAUCGAGCUGGACCCUGCAGGACCAAGGUACCUGGUUAUGUUCAACCCAGUUGAGCGAGAGAGGCUAUGCGCGGUGACCGUGUUGGUUAACACAGUCAGGGUUCGGGUGCUUACUGAGGAUGGACAGACGCUUCCCGUACAGCUGAGUGCUCAGUGGAGCUCUGCGAGUCAGAUGAGUGCAGAGGUGUUUGAGGCGACAUUCAUGGUUCGUCUCCCGCCUCUCGCUCUGGCUGUUUUCCAUCUGUAUGACUCUCCGGACUCACCCAUGACACUACGUUCGGACACUCUACUCAGGCUAUCUGGUCGGGGUGUUGCCGCCCGAGCUGUGGACCCGCUUCCUGUCCGCUCUCAGCAAGCCGACUCUCAGACCUUCUACAUCAGCAGUCAGUCUCUAACGCUAGGCUUCUCUGGAACCACCGGCCUGCUGGAGAGUAUCAAACGCAAGGAUGAUCCUCAGGAAGUGAAGGUUCAGAUGCAGUUCAUGGUGUACGGCACUCGUCCUUCUAAAGACAAGAGUGGCGCUUACCUCUUUCUGCCAGAUGGAAAAGCAAAGCCUUACCACCAGAAAGAGCCACCUGUGGUGCGAGUUGUUGAGGGGCCUCUUUUCUCUGAGGUGGUGGCACACUACCAGCACUUUCAACAAACCAUCCGCAUCUACAAUGUGCCAGGGGUGGAUGGUUUAUCAAUAGACAUCACCACCAUGGUGGACAUUAGAGAUCAGACCAAUAAGGAGCUGGCCAUGCGACUGGUCACUGACAUCCAGAGUGGAGAGGUCUUCUACACAGACCUCAAUGGCUUCCAGAUGCAGCCUCGCCAACACUACCUGAAGCUGCCCUUGCAAGCCAACUUCUAUCCCAUGCCCAGCCAGGCGUACAUCCAGGAUGGCAACUACCGCCUCACGCUGCACACGGCUCAGGCUCUGGGUGUCAGCAGCCUGGAGAGUGGCCAGCUCGAAGUGAUUAUGGACCGACGACUGAUGCAGGAUGAUAAUCGUGGGCUGGGUCAGGGCUUGAAAGACAACAAGAAGACGGCCAAUCGUUUCCGGCUGCUGCUGGAGAGGAGAUCAGCCAGUAACAAGCACGAUGGCUUCUUUGCCAAACUCUCGUCCUUGUUACGUUCUUUUCUCUCUCCAUUACUGAGUGACCGAGUUCAAGAGAUGACUGACAGUGCAACAACCAGCUUCCCAUCUGUACUCAGUCACAUGACCAAUGCCAUGCUGAACCAUGAGGUGUUGGCCUUACCCAUUCUGCCCAAAAGACGUGGCAUCCCUCCUCUACAAACCUUUGCUCCCCUCAAGUCCAUCCUCCCCUGCGACCUCCACCUGGUGAACCUCCGCAGCAUCCAGAGCCAGCAGGACCCCCUGUCUCCCUCUCCAUACACCGCUUUGAUUCUUCACCGUCUCGCGCUGGACUGCAACUUCGAAGCUCAGAACCUCGGAUUCAACUGCACCACCACUCAGGGACAGCUGAGCGUGUCGGCUCUGUUCAAGAACCUGGACCUACAGCUGCUUCAGCCCAUGUCACUAACUCUGAUGCACUCCGGCACGCCUCUGGCCAACAACACCACCAUCACCCUCGAUCCCAUGGAGAUCUCUGCCUUCAAGCUCAAGCUGCGAUAAGAACGGUGCCGAUCAAAAGAAACCCUCUAAGACUCCUCGGACCAACAACCACCUCCCACGCCGAGCAUGGGCUGGCAACGGAGGGGUCUGGGACUCUGUUUUUUUUUUUUGUUUGUUUUAAAGUAGAACCACAAACGCUACAAGAGAGAUAGGGUCCACUGUAACAGGACUGACUGCACAGCAGGGGGCAGGCGAUAGCCGUUACUGCAGAUGGCUCAAAGAGCAGCUGAACCCGGGUGAACUUUUAGCUGUUCCAAAAUGACAAAGACGGCCAGAAUCACUCAUCAGAUUCAGCCGGGUGUCUGUUCAGUGUCGGUGGUCGAAAAAUUAAGGGUUCUCCUUUGCAAGGAGUUUCUUUUUCUAUCUCUGCUUCAUCCUGCACUGAACUACUGAAUGUAAAUAUUCAAAAUGACAACAAAAAAAAGAGCCCGGGACGCGUGUCACAUCAGAGUGCAAUUUGCAAAGCUUUAUUUAGAAAAUGGGCUCUUAAUUUUGUUUUUUCCCCACAAAUGCAGCAAAGAUGAAACAGAUCAGUGUUUUGAUUUUGAACUGUUAUAAGGUUGACUGACUUUUUUUUUUUUCCCCUCCUUUUUGACAGUCUCAGUUGCAGCAAAGAGAAUGUGAGGUCUUUUUUUUUUUUCCUCUCAUAUCUCAACUCACCAGGAGACAGAAGCUACGAAUCCUUACGCUGCCCGAUUCCCACUUUGGUCACUAUGUGAUAACCGUGCGAUCAUUAAUCAUACUGGGUGACUGUUUACCUGUCCACUGUUUCUCCUUGUAGAUAGGAAACUUUCUUUUUCCUCUUCCUGAGCUUCCUCUUCGCGGAUGAAAAAUGUGUGGAAAGACUGAAUUUCAAGCUCCCGUUGGUCGUUCCUGUGCUCGUACUUCACUGUUGAGAGUUUGGGCUGUACCAUACUGUAUGCAGUAGAAGAUUAGACAAAGACUAUACCUCAUAUAUACCAUGCAGCAGAUAUAUUGGUACCUGUGUGUCUGUGGAGUAUGUUUAUGUGAAUAUAUGAAGGUUUGUUUGUUUUUGUUUUGUUUUUUUAAAAUGGGAGCAUUUUCGAGGUGUACACGUUCAGGGACCAUCCAUAAUACUGUUGAUUAUCAUUAGUUAAUGUGGGUGUCUGUCGAGCAGUGCCUCAUUUCACUGAAGGAAAAUAAUUCACAUUGACGGGAAAUAUCAGAAAUUACGUGGUCAGUUCAUCCGAAUUAUAAAAGCAAAUACUAUUUUUUUUAUACUUCUAGUGGUGAGGAAACUCUUGAAGGAUGUUCUUUUGAUUUGCACCUUAUAUCAAGAAAAAAAACACCACUCCAAACGAUCAAUCAACUGAGGCUUUGGAGGUAUAAUAAUAUGUGGCCAUGCAGGUUGUUUUGAGAAAUCUGUUCAGGGCUUCUAUUACGUUACUUUCAUUAUGGCAAGGCUGUAAAACUAUCAUCACCAUUUCCAGAGCCCAAGGUGACUCAGUUUUAUUGCACUUUUUGUUUUGUGCAUUGCUCUGUCCAGAUUCCCAGAAAUAUUACGUUCAUUAAGACUUCAAACUGUAGCAGAUAGUGCUUUAAAAAGCUAAGUAGAAAAGAAUGUUUCUCAAUUUUAUUUUAUUUUGUUUCAUCUAAUCAUGGAUGGCACAGUGACUAUUACGCUCCAAAGUGUCGCUCAGAUUUCUGCCACACCACCCCAUUACAGCUAUUUUAAUUUGAUUUUUGAUUUUUUUUUUUUCCCCCCAUUGACUGCUGCUUUAAAAUUGCUGCUGCAAUCUUGUCGCAGAAACAAAAGAGCACGGCUGAUUUAGAGUGUGAAUGUGAGACCUUCUCAGCUGCGAAAAGCUAAAACUAAAUUGUGGAUCGAGGCUCGGGAACACCCCGAAAACAAAGGGGGGAAAACAUUUGCUUUGUUUUGUUAUGAUUGCUCGGUUUGGUUUCAUUAUUUCCUAAAAACUUGUCAGUAUACUGAGCAGAAAACAGGAAGCCAUAAACAUGUAGCAUAUGUUUUAUUAAAAUGGGUCUGGGAGCAGAAUUUCAUUGACAUUUAAGAGAGAUCUCCGAAGCUCGACUCUUAAUACAAACACUGCCUGCAUAGCCACAUACUACUGAAGUCCAGUUAUGCCUUUGGUCUAAUUUGGGUGAACUGAUCCACCUCCAAUCCCCAAAACAUCAAGUCUGUUUCUUCAGAUGAGCUGCACUUCUUUGUAUUUGAUCUCCACAGUGUUUCUUACCCCAAGGCUGUCUCCAGCCUUUCCUACCCUCAUUUGCUCUUUCACAGCAUCCAUAGAUGAUGUCAUCAGUGUCCAAAGCUUAGGACAGACAUCUCGUAGCCCCCCACCUGUGUCUUAGCCUCACCAUGUCGCGUCGCUUUACCCCGUCUCUAUAUUCACUUUUCUUUCCUUUUUUUCCUCCAUGGGAGGUCUGCUGCUUUUUGCUGCUCCCGCCACAAUUCAAUACUUUCUGCUCUGGCUCUCACAGUGAGCGCCGCAGAACCCUUCUCUCCCCUCCAGCUGUGGUUAACAUUUCUGUCAGCAGAUUUCACUUCAUCUCCCAUCGCACUUUCUCCCCGGUGUCUUAUAACCUUGUCAUAAACUUCUCCCCUGCUGUUUCGAUGUGCGUCUGACUUUCUGUGUAAACGUCUUUUUCUUUUUUCUCUCCUUCUUGUAGCACUGUUUUUGUUUGUUCAGAGGUAAUAUAUGAAAGUCUCUUCUACUUGCAUUUGUUAUUCACGGGGGAUUAACGCUGCAGAAGAACAAAAAGAGAUGGGACGCGAAUAAAGAUGAAAACACAAAGUUAGCCUUUUGUAAAGGCCUCUCUUUAUCUUCUAAUACUUCCACCCCCCUCCCCAACUGUUUAAUUCAUUAAUUAAUAUCUGGAUAAUUAACAUGCUGUUCCUAAAUAGAUUAAGUGAUGAUCAGCAGGGGGCAACAUUGAGUCGGUGUAAAUGUCUGUGGAUGCUGUCAGUCAGAGAAGUGCAGCGGCAUAUCAACCCUCUUAGACUGUCCAAUGCUUCACUUGUCAGCAGUCGGUCUCCCGCUCGGCAUAUCUGUCAAGGCGAGCAUUAAAGUUUACACUUCAACUCA